AUGAGUAAGAAACCAGCCUGUUUAUUGUGUCACAUGUCCUCGCAGUGCUGGAUUGCUGAGCUCGAGUCGGACUUGCACGUUUCAGGGCUGGUGCAGAGGGGAUGGAUGUCAGAGGUUCUGGUGGGAGCGGUGGGUCUGAGGGCCCUCGCCCCAGAGACAGGAGACUGUAUACCAGAGGGUGUGAUGGGAAAGGCAGGCCAGCUGAUCAACUGUACGGGCCUACCGUCCAACACGACACUGGUGGAACUUGAGAAAGCAGAGUGUUCCUCCGGCCCCCCGUGCGGCAUGGAGAACAGCAAGCAGCCAGUGAAGGAGGUGUCCCCGGUCCCUCGCCAGCCCUCUGUAUGCCCGACCAUAAAACACGCCUCGGGUUCGAUGCAGCAGGUGCAGAUGGCCUCCUCGGUGGUCGGGUCGUUCAACCUGCUGAGGCCCCCAGACCAGGACUACACCUUGUCGUCUCAGAUGAAGGCCAUCCGGUCCAUGAAGCACGCUGGCUUCACCGCAGUGUUCACGGGACAAACGGUGAACCAGCUGUGGCAGCGGGAGGUUCCGAUCGUGGAGGUCAUCCUCGCCGACAUCGACUCCCUGGUGCCCACCCACGAUGAGGCGGGCCAGCCCAUCGCGGAGUGGAAGAGGCAGGUGAUGGUGAGGCAGCUCCAGGUACGACUGGGCGAUGAAGAGGAGCAGAGGAGGGAGGUGAAGGUAUCCGACGGGCCCGUAGCAGUGGAUGGCUGGAAAUACUCCCAGACCCACAAUGCCAUCCUUGGGCCCUUCGGGGAGCUGUUGUCAGAGGAGGACCUGGAAUACCUCGAGACGCAGAUUGAGAAGGUUUCCGUCCAGAAGCGCUGCCAGGCCUUCGAGUUGGAGCUCACCAGGCUCACCGAGGAGCUGCGGACCGUGCUGCCCGAUCCUCUGGUCAACGUCUCCCUGAACAAGGAGGCGCUGAAGGAACCGAUGGACCCGGACGGACGCCUCCCGCUGCCCGCGUGGUGCGGCCGCGUCACCGAGAUCGUCAGGAACAUGUCGCAGCUCCUGUCCCAUUUGACCGGCGCAUCCCCCGGGUGCAGGAUACCACAUGUUGGGAUGGCGUCAGCUUUCAGCCAUCGCCUGGAGGCCAACGGGCAGAGCCGAGCGCAGAGGGAGAGGGCGGAGCGGGAGAUCCAGCAGUCCGGAGUGUCGGUUCGAGAACUGCGGUCGAACUUCGAGGGCAAGCUCGGAGGGAUCUACCCCUUUGCCGGCUUCGUCGCUGACGCCGGCAAGCGGGACGACCGGGGAGGCCAAGGAGCGGAUGAAGCGACACAAAAGGCGCUGUCCGGAUUGAACAGCCACCACAACAACAAUGUAGACCACACCGUGAGGCCCUCCGUCGGGGAGCACAACGUGGUCACACCCGUCAUGGAGACUGUGAGCUUGAGGAAAGAGCGUAUAGUUGUGCUGUUUCUCAGCCACUGGAAGAAAUCGGCGUACGCCAUAACGGUGAGAGCAGCUAGGCGGAGACAGGAGCAGGGGCCAGAGGCUGACGGGGUCCAGGAGCUAGGGGUUGGCCAGAGAACCACCAUGUUGCAGUUCUGCUGCCAAAGAACCGCCGUGGACAAGAUGCUGCAUUCCUGGAGGAACAUCCGCGCGGUGAGGCCCGGGAAGGCCGUGGCUUCGGCUUCCAGCCGGACCACGUACUCCCCUGAGCAGUUCCUACGGGCGUCGGACGGCGUCGUCGCGGCGACCCACGACGACCUGACCCUGGAGCUCUUCAUGCUGGGCUACUUCCGCAUCCUGGAGCAGGAGCUGCCGCCCGAGGAGAGGAAGAUGAGGCACCUGCUGUGCUUCGAGGUGUUCGACCACGUGGGCGGCUUCCCCUGGGAGACCGUGCGGGAUUUCCACAAGGCCGUGGUGCGGGACGUCCAGGCCGGGCGGCGGCGCUGGGGCGACGGCUUCGAGGACGCCAAGGCGCGUUUCUUCGGCGAACCCUCGGCCACCCGCGGAGACCCCCUCGUCCCCCGGGGGCCCGCCGCCCGCACGGAGUCGGCUGACCAGCGUAGCAGCGAGGCGGACUUCUCCUGUUUCAGCAACGGAGACAUUUGUAAAUACAUCGACCGCAGCUUCGCCUUCUGGAAAGAGAAGGAAGCGGAGCUUUUUGAUUUCGCCCCGUAG